AUGGCGGCUUCCUUAAUCAAGAUCAUCGGUUUUACAUUGCUGGUUAUUGAAAGCCUCAUCGGAAUAGUAGCAAAUGGAUUUAUUGUCCUCAUGAAUUACAUUGACUGGUUCAAAAACAGGAAACUAUCCCCAGCUGACUUGAUCCUGACCUGCCUUGGCUUGUCCAGACUUGCAUGGCAGGCAGUGGUGAUUCUGGAUGAAACCAUACUUGCAUUUCAGGCAGUAGGGCUUCUGGCUCAAACUAUGUAUUUCUUUUCUUUGGGUACUCAUAUUUGGCGUUACCUAUAUCUGAUGAUUCCCAUCACCUGGACAUUUACAAACACCGCCAAUGUAUGGUUUGCCACCUGGCUCAGUGUUUUCUACUUUGCAAAGAUCGCCAACUUCUCCCACCCUGUUUUCCUCCAAGUGAAGCAAAGAAUCUCUGGACUGGUGCCAUGGUUGCUUCUGGGCUCCAUUGUUGUCUCUGCUAUUACGACUCUUACUGUAGUCACAAGCUUGAGGGACAAUUUGUCCAUGUGCGAUUUUUACUCAUCGUUUUUGAACAUCAAUGGUUCAGAAAUUAAAAUUCCUGGCUCAUGUAGGUACUUUAUUAUUGUAGCGACCGCCCCAAAUUUUAUUCCCCUUCAGAUAUUUUUGUCAUCAUCCAUCUUGUUAAUAACCUCUCUGUGGAAGCACACAAGACAUUUACGGCACAAUGGAAUCGGAGUCAGGGAUCUCAACACCCAAGCUCACUUGACUGCCAUUAAAGCUCUGACCUCCUUCUCUGUUCUGUACCUGUCCAGUUUUCUCGCAUACACUGCACUGGGAAUACUGCUCUGGAGUAAGAUGGAUCGCCCUCGGUCAAUGAUGCUGAUCGAUUCCGUGAAGUUUGAGGGGGGAAAAGAAACAAAACCCUCCUACCCCUUGGUCAUGCUGCCUUUUCUGGAUCGGGAAGGUCCUCCAGCUUCAAGAUUCAUUUUGAAGUACCGGAAGAUCUCUAGAACCAGCACCAUUGCAUUGCAAGACAUAACAGAGAGACGGGAAGGACUGAGGUGCGCAGGACCGGAAGAGAUUCCCCUCGGUGUACCAACUAAAAGGUUUGACACUAAGAACUACUGA